ACACAAAAGAAAUAACAUAAUGCCCCCAGACUGUAUACAUUGGUGUGUACCCGGUUAGGGAUUCCAGUGCAUACAGACCUGGCAGAGAUCUGUGCAUGCGUGCGACUUGUAUCUGACGGGAAAAUGGCACCAGAAUUUACCCGUAUAGGCCUAGCAUAAACACAGCGUGUUAUAAUGUAUUGUGAUCAGCUUUAUGAUAUUAGACUGUUAUUACUGACGACCAAUGCUACCCAAAGGUUAACAGCUGAAGACCAUUAGCAUCUCUCCAACGCCUUUCUAUCUCUCAACGCCUACACAGUGCCAGCUGUAUAGAAGGUGCCCGCAAGCACUUUGUAGACGUAAAAGAAUAAGGAUGACGAGCUAUAAUUCGCCAUCUUGGGUCAAGCAGCAUCAGACUGUAUAGCAGACGGCCGUUGAUAAUCCUCAUGAAUAAGAAACACCUUCCUAUUCCUUCUUGUCCGAUAUCUCAGACGUGAUAUUUAAAAAAAAAAAAGAGUCUAGAGCGCCAGCCCUCGCCCCAGCGGGUAGCUCUUAGUGUAAUUUGUUUAUUGUGGGGGCACGCUGGCGUAAACAAGGGGGGCGCAUGGUAAAAUAACGCGGACUCCCGUCGAGGCUAACGCCUUUCACCUCACGACCACCAAUCAAGCAAUCAAGCGGGUCUCAGUCAUGCCAGAUUACCUGUUUAUCUCCACACCACACAUCAUUCUCUCAAUUCUUUCUCAUACGGAGCGCGCCCCUCGCGUAAAUGUUGGUUCUAAUUCGUCCGGCUAUUUCUCAGCGGUACAUCCCUCGGAGAUCUAACGCGAGCUAUAUUGAGAGAAAUUGAUGUAAUCUAGCCGUCCGACCGUAACGCCGGGUUAAUAUCGACUUUUUUUUCUUCUUCCUCUUCCUCCUCUUCCACCAGCCAGUUUGUGCUGACGGGGAUGGUUUAUGCUCAGGAACGUGGAGUUUGUACAAUCCCUUGUUCGGCCUGAUUGGAGACUCGACGAAAGAGUACAUACGAAAUUGAAAGCAUGGAUAAAAGAAGCUUUUCAUUGCCCGAGGAGAGUACUCAUGUUAAUGAUAUUGAUAUCCAUCUCGAUGGAUCGGCUAACGAGUCGAAACGCGAAGGAGUUGUGGAAAGAUCCCGCACAUCGCCGAACUCUCGACGUCGCGUACUGUCGGACGUAAUGCCUAUACAAAGACAGGGCAGUCGUGAUCAUUCCAGCUACCAUAUGUGUGAUUUGCCAGAACUAAGGGAAGAGGAAGUACAGGGAGGAGAUGUAGGAGUCAGAGAUGGCAGCGAACAUGAAGCAAGAAGCCCUCACUUGCACCCGCCAUCGAGCCAUGGCAGGAGAUCUCGACGGAGUUCAGCACCGACCUUAUUAGAGCCCAUUCAAGAAGGUCUUUUUGGAGCAGGUCGAAGGAACAGUACUCCCACGGUAAUUCCGCUACCAAAUCGACGGGAGGCGUCCCUAUCCCCGGCAAGAUGCGGCGACUCGCCUCCUCCUCGCUCGCCACGGCUUUGUUCGAAAGUGGCUCAUCCAUCGGUUGGUGUCACACCGGAAGAAGACCUGGCGGUGAGACUCCAAAGACGUCGGCGGUCCGAACCUGACCAUCACCUCAAAGGACUUCAAGCCAAUAUCCUCUACACGACGGAAGGCUUCUUUCCGCAACCAAGGCGAAACAGCCUGACUACGGCCACUCUCAAUGACAUUGCAGCUCGCUUUGAACUACUUGACACCCGGAAGAAAGUGGUUGAGGAAGGUGCUGAUGGGCGAAAUGCUGCCUUGCCUGGUGCAGGAAGCCGCUCUGGCUUCAGGUGCGAAGGUGGUGCCCAUGCACCUCCUCCAAUCAGUGUGACUGAAGUCCAUUACUGACCAAACAUUUCUAUUCUGACAUGAUCGCGGGAAUAUGAAUAUACGUGUCAUAACUAAAGUACUUCUAGAAUAGGAAACUCUACAACCUUGUGCUAUUAAAAUCAAUUCAUUUAUAUAUUAUAUAUCAAGUCUACCAAGGGGUAUGGCUGGAUGAUCAAAUUCGUUUCUAGAGAUGUUGUCUGUAAACGACUUAGGGCUUAUUGAUUUAAAUCGAUUAUGUUGGUUUAACUUUGUAAAUAAUAUGUAAUACUCAAUUACGAGAAAUAUUCACAGUUUACUAGAUAUAUAUUUUGUUUUUGUUUUCGCAAGAUAUCAUCGGUAUGAGCCUCGCCAAUGAUGCUAUAUGGAUGGAUUUCAGGUGCUUAUAGAGAGAUUGAAAAAGACGUAUCGAUGGAAUUAAAUUUUCUUGCCAUCUUCAUUACAUCCAAACGCGAUUAUUGGAGACGUUCGGAUUUACAUAAUCUGGGAGGAUUUAAGACGAAGCGCUCUCUAAUCAGUGAAUUACACCAUGAUAUCAUUAAUGUCAGCUGGCAGACGAAAUUUGUUUUUCAAUUCAAUAUAGUUAUUCACUACGGUUCCCGUUGCCGCCACCAUCAUAAGAUCUUUGGUAAGCACGAACUGCAGCUACUGAAAUAUGAAUACGUCUCCGCAUUUAAUGAAAUUCUAACCAAAGAAAAGAAAUGGUCGACCGACAUAACCUCACUCGACAUCCAGCAUCGAUGAGUGUCCGCAAGAUAGUCAGCAUGAGUAAUCAAGAGUCCUGAUGGGCGCCCUUCUGUGUCGUGUUGUCAUGACUGUCUGCAGAGUGAAUGUGCAAUUAUGUUAGUCAUGGAAUAUACUAAUGGGCUUUGUUCAGAGGCAUUUGUCCUUCCAAUGGAGUAUCAUCAUCGAGUGUAAUUGGAUUCCAGUCUGUUUAAUGACGGACCACUUCGGGUUCUCUUCUUCCAAUGUCAUGCAUAUCAAAACGCAUCCAACAAAUGCACGCUGUAGUCAUCAAACAAGCGUCUAUCUCAUUCUCAUUGUCUUCUCAAGUCAUUGCCUUUCCAUGCUUGAUUUGGUUUAUCAUGUUAUGUGCUAUGACUUAUGAAUGUCUUAAUUGUUUUCAUAUACUAUAAUGUUUUAAUCUCUUACAAAAUAGUAUUAAAACAGGAAAUCAGAUCAUACAUUAAGUCGGAUGAAAUUCCCUAAUGUCCCACAGAACUCUGACUUAAAAUCAAUGAUCAGCUAAAACAAACGGACUGGUUUUUAUUACGCCUGACGGAUGGAACUCGUCAAAACCAAGAAAAACGUCUGUUAGAUUUUAACCGAUCAUUUUGGUAAUGAUUAUUAUUGCUUUAUCAAUCUUGAGCUACAUUCUGUGUCGCAGACACAUUCACCAACAUUCGGUUAAUUCUUGACAGAUCCAUGAAGAGUUAUAAUUUACAUCUAUGUAUAUAUUAUCUCCUUGUUGCAGUGAAUGAAUCUAUGGUUCCGCACGUGUGAAAUCUAAAGGAAUCUAAUGAAGAAAAACAAAAUGCAAAUUGAAUUAAUUCGUAGGGCCUAUAUUAUGUAACCCCCAAACUACAAUUCCACGUUUUCACCCCUACACAUACAAAUCACCAUUAUUUGGUUGCACAACAUUGUCCCGUUUGCCUAUCAAUUAUUGACAUAUUUUGUGAUUUUGAGUUGAGUUUUGUAAGCGUUCAGUAAAUUGAGCUUGUUUAACAUGAUUGGUUAAUUCUGCAGUGAACUUUUAUUGAACCAACAAUGUCUUAUUAUGUUAUUAUGGUAGGUGUGAUAUAGGUCAUGGGAUGUGCUAAGAUGAUCGCCAAACUUAAUUAUGAUUAAGGUUAUUCAGUGUUCCCAGGGAAAAUUGAUAAUCAUCAAAUUAAGUUAUAAUAUAAAGGCUAUGUGACCUAAUCGCUUUUCGUUUUGAUCUACUUGUUUCUUUCACCCUUUUCUGUGUAGAGUUUGUUUUUUCAUUACAUUAGAAAUCAUUUCAUAUAAACAUUAAAAAAAAUAUGUUAAACUUGGAAUUUUAUACUGUUGCAAUUAUCCAAAUGACCUCGCAAAACAGUUUCCUUGAUUAAUAACAUUAAUAAUAGGUGUAUCGAGUAUUAAAGUGUCUGACUCUUGAAUAGCCAAGGAGUUAUGAAACGUAAUGGAAAGUUUAUCUAAAAAGAUAUCAUAUUGUCGCGAACCUACAUACAAAAAAGGUGGUCGAAAUGGAAAUAGGGGAAUCCAUCGCCAGGGGCACAUUGAAGCAUUAGGCAUGAUUAAAUACAGUAUCAUAACAAAUAUAAAGAUUUUAUCAGCCUAACAAAACACGAGGGAUGGCAUUUUUAUUAUUCAUUUGCCUGCGUUUUGAAGGUCCUGGUAAUAUUUGAUGAAACAGAACAGUUAAUUGCCAUCGGUGAUUUUUUUUUUGUCUUAAUGGGUUGCACAGACACGUAUUACUGAAGCUCUUCGCGAUUAAACUUGAAUUAUGUGAUAGUAAUCGUCAUACAUUGUCGUGUAAAUACGGCUUGAGGCUCUGUUUGAAUUAAAUAUGUUAGUGGGAGUGGAUGAUGUAUAGUGGUGAGAGGUACUCCCUCCUCUGACUGUUCCUGUCCUGAUAAAUCCUUCUUUAAAAAACAUGAAAAUACAUUCUCCCUGAAAAAAAUAUAUAUCACUAAUAUCUCUUUCAACAUCUAUUAUCAAGAUCGAUGGCAUAGCAUAUACAUGAGGACGGUGUAGAGGAUAUUUUGAAACGAUAAUGUCCGUCUUGGAAAAUGCCGGCGCCGUACACAGCAAAAACGCUUUAUACAACCAGGGGCGGAUCAAGGAAUUUUCGAAAGGGGGGGCACAUUUCCUGAGGGAAAAUUAGACUAGCAAAAAAAAAAGUCCUCACUUUCAAAAGGUAGGGAGGGGGCACACUUCUGUUCGGCAUUUUUACAUUACAAAUUUUAAUUGGGCCUCUCAAAAGGGGGCACGGCCCGGUUGUGCCCCCCUGGAUCCGCCAGUGUAUAAAACCUUGUUUACUAAUGAACUAAUCUGAAUGACAUUCUUUAAACAAAAUGAUAACAUUUCUAGAGCAAUAUAAAACUUUGCCUAAAUGUGUAUCAUCGUUCUUUAAAGUUGUAAACAUUAUUUUGUUAAAAGAUAAAUGCCGGAUUUCAUAGUUGUGGUAACGAUUUCAAAAUGAGUUCGUACAAAACCCAGUAAAAUGAACACAAAGUGUUUGUUUGCUUGAAUACAUUGAAUGAAAAAAUAUGUAUGUGCCAGAGGAUUCUGGAAGAAUUUGUGUAAUUACUGAGAAAUUAGAAAAAUGAGCAUGGGAUUCGAGCAAAAUGUCGGGGCUUUUUCCAAAUAAUAAUAAUUCACUGUCCCACGUGUGCUUAUCUGUUUGGGUGAUCUGAUCUACAAUGUGAUUUUUUUUUUUUUUUACAGCUCUGAUUAAGGGAUCUCACAAAGUUUAGUUUAUUUAACUGUACCAAAUCUAGAUUUCACGAUGAUAGUGACAAUUAAUCUUGUUUUUACAGACUUUCUCGUGAAGAAAUCAUUGUAUAUCAUUAUAUCAUUAUUAUUAUUCUUAUCAUUAUUUUAUUAUUCUUUUGAUAUUGUUUAACGUGUUGUGACGUGAAUGAAAUAUUGGUUACCGUAGGGAUACAAAUAAUGAUAUUUAUUGCUUUUUAUUUCCAAUGCCAUUUUACAUUCUUGUGAUCCCAUAGUUUGUAUGGUAUUCAGGGUAUUCCCUAAACGUUCAAUAGAGAAAUAUGAACAAAAUGCAGAGCCAUUACAUAAAUAAUAUAUUGCUUUGUUAUACACAGAUUUCUUCUGUUUCCUUUAUGAUGUUUAUGAAACCAUGUCACAAAUUUCCAGACCGAGGCCGUGUGUGUUAAACACUAGACGAUGAAAAAGAAACAGAAAGUAUAAAUGAUAAUGCGUAAGAAGAAGUAAAUAAUAUUAAUUAGAGAAAGGUUUUUAAAAAAACCUCGUCUCGCUUUCAGAAAUGUUUAGGCCGAGGGUAUAGUCCAAAGCAUUUUCUUCAAUCUGCCAUCUACCCCUUUAACGUAUCACAUGUUUCCCUCCUUUCUUGCUACAACAUCAUUCCUGUACCCUAGUAACUUUGGGGAUGGAUAAACAUAGUUAUCCAAUGUUUGUUUGUCGAUUGAGCUGUGCGGGUUCUUUCUAAAGCCAAUUUCUGUCAGCAUCCUAGGGAAUUAUUCCCAUCGACAAUCCGUGAAAGCCUCUAGCUUGGAGGCAACACGCUUGUAUCUACUCAGCCUCGCACUAUUUCAAACCCACCAUUACAUAAAAGAAGACCCAAGUCUACCCUUUUACUGGCGCUGCGAUCGCAUUCGCGCUGCAGGAUCUAAUUAUAGGGCCGGUUUUGGGAUUUAUUAAAUCUAUGCUAUAAGGUUCCCACGGGGUGGUCGAACUCUCUUUACUCAUAGCAGCACAGCAACAAUACUUGUAAUACUUGGAUAGAACAAGGCCUUACAGGGCGCCCUUGAUGAAAGAAACGGAAUGACAACUAUUAUGUCAACAGUUUCAGCUGAAUUCGUCUUAGCCUUCAAGUUACUCGAUAGAAAUUAUACGCGUUGAAUUACAACAAUUGGGCGAUGAUUUUGAAAUACCUUGCAUAGAGGCCUAGUUGUUUGUGAUUCGAUUUGCAUGAUAUUCAAACAAAUCACUUGACUGAUUUACAAAUAGCUGCAGCGUUGUUGUUUUUCCGUUGCGAUGAAGAGUUCUUUUCAAGGGAUGUAGGCCUUUUUUUAAAUCUUCCUACCUAUACGACACUGGAUGUUUUCAAAGAAUAACUUACCGCUGUCUUCAUAUCUACCGUUGAUUUGCGUGUGUAUCGUGUGUCGUAUUACCGGGAGUAUUUCCUGGAGCGAGACGUCAGUCUCCAGGGGCAUGGAAACGAUAUCUAAAGAGGGGAUGUUGAUUUGUUUUAAAUAAAGGUUUGAAGAGCAAAAAUUGGGGUUUCCAUCUUACGAGGAAGGUGACUUUGGUCAGAAAGAAUUGACAAGC